CACACCUUUCUUUACCAUCCAUCCUUGGUUCCUAUUGGUCGAGGGCUGGUCAGCGUGGGGUGGUUUAAAGGAUUGUGUUCCUUACUGGGAGUGAAGUACCGGGGUCACGGUUGAGGGAAUCUCGUUGUUCCCAACAAAACGUGUGAUCGCUUUUCGUGGGUGUCCGGUGUGCGGCAGGCUUGUCGAAGCUUAGAUCUGCAGACGUCGCGGGCAGAUCUGUUUCAGUAAACAGGUGCCAUGUCAUGUAGUUGUGCGGGAAGUGCCGAAAUUCAGAUUUUAAGUGUAUAAGAUGUCAGCUGUGGCAGACUUGAAAGACAAGGAGUUGGAAAGGCUGGUAGACCUACAUGUGUACGUAGUACCUGGUGAUGUGUGGGUAGAGCAUCUACGUCUUGUCUACAAUGAAGCUGUAAAAGACACUGUAUCAGCUGGUUUUGUCAGAGUAUUUCCUGAUGUCACUAUCUACAACCUUCGGGAAGAGAUCGAGGAACAGCUAGGCUAUGAUGUCAUUCCUAAAGACUUCAUCUUCCUCAGAGGAGUGGGUCGAGCACUGACACAGGUCAAAGGCAGACAAGAAUUCCAAUUGAAAGUCAAGAACUUUGUGCCUCCUUUGGCUGUGGUACCCGAAAUCUACGUAAUCGAGGGAAGCCUAGUUCAUCAGUCUCCGCGUGCCCUCCCUGCCAUUGGUCAUCGGUACUCGGAACCUGCCACGUCCAGAUCCACUGCUUCGGACAAUCCGCUUGACCGCUCGCAGGUCUUCUCUGACCCUCCGCCAGGAAGGGGGUCACGUUCACAAAGGCGGAAAGACUUUGAACAUCUCCGAAAUAGUGAUGAGUUUGAUUCCCAAAGGACGGACCACGAUAGAUUAGGAAACAAAGGUCGGCGGAGAGAAGACCAUCGGGAGGCUUUUGUCACACAAGCUGAUGCUGCAAAGCUGUUAUCAACUAAUUUGGACCAAACGGCCUUUUCCCCUGAAAACGAUGAUACGAGCUCCUCACCGCGGAAUCUUAAGGACUCGGGUUACAACACGACUCCUCGCGAUAGCCAGGAGUACCAUGAAAACAUCCCCAAACGUCGAUCUGAGGGGAGCCCUCACGGCAGAACACGCUCUCGCUCCCCUCCCUCUCCUUCCCCUGAACGAACCUCUCAUCCCCAAACCCGACCCCAGUCCCGUAGUACCCCCCUUAGCGCCACCCCCCCUGCCUCUCCUUUAACCUCUAACCCCUCCCCAGGGCAGAAGGUCCACAAACUCGACCGGAGCCGAGCGGGUAGUAGAGCCGCCACUUACACCUCCCAAACCAACGAGGAUUCUGGGAUAGCUGAUUCCACGCCUCCAGAGGAUGACAGUAGAACGUUAGACAGGAGAAAAAGGGAGGAAGAAAGGCAGAGAAGAGAGGCUGAAGAGAGAAGAAGGGAGGAAGAAGAGAGAAGAGAAGAAGAAGAAAGAAGACGGCGAGAGGAAGAGGAGGAAAGAUGGAGAAGACAAAGGGUACGAGAAGAUGAUGAACAGUCUGAAACUGGGGGUGGGAGGGGGAGGAGGGGGUAUGACGAUUAUGAUGAUGACCAAUCAGAUGAAAGAUCACAGUCAGAGAGAAGUGAUUGGGAGGGGGGGCAGACUCAGGACACGUUUAGCUUUAGAUGGCCUGAACCGCCGGGAGGUGGUAACAAAGUCGAGGAAAACUUCAUAGGGGACGAUCUGUUAGCUUCUUUUGCUGCAGCUAGAGAGGAACAGAAGCAACGGAGGCAAGAACAGGAGAAAGAGCUCAGGUCAAGUCAGGAGGACCAACCAGAGGGGCAGGUCAUGCAGAGGGUUUUUGGUGUAGGGAAAGGGGAAGAGAAGUAUAAUAACAAGGAGUACGCCUGGGAUAAUAGAACAGGAGGUGAUAGGAGUAGCGAGAGGGGCAGUUUUGAGGAAGGAACGACAGGCAGUUAUGGUGGAGACGAUGGUGAUCACGUAGACAGGCGUAGUCAGAAAGGAAGGGUAGACAGUUACCAUGGUGAUGAUCAAAGCUACAGAACUGGGGAGGGGAAGACAGGCAGUUACCACGGUGAUGAGGAAAGCUACAGAGGUAGGGAUGGGAUGAGUGACAGUUACCGUAGCAACAACAGCAACAAAGAUGGCGGACAUGUUGAGGAUGAUGAUGAUGAUGCAUGGCCUGGAGAAAGGGACCAGGAGGAACAUGGAAACCGAUCUCGGCGGGCUUCUGAAGGGACCUCUCUAAGAGAGUCGGCAAGAAACCAAUCGUCGAGUCUCGUGCACUCGGAUAGAGAGAGCGGGGGACAUGAUAGAGCGUCGACAGAAGAGAACAGCCCUGGAGGGUCACCGACAAAGGAGAAGGAAGCCCAGAGUAAAAGGGAGAGAUCGAGAAGUAAGUCCCCUGAGCAGCAGGUGGCCAGGUUCCCCUCCCCACCCCCCCUCGAGCUCCCCUCCCCUCGGGACGGUGGCAGGACGGACAGAUCUCAGGCCUCCGACUCACCCAAGAAGUCCACCAGGGGCAGGGACAAGGCAAGGUCAUCCGGAGCAAGUGGCGAACGUGAGGAUCUGCUAGAAGAGCUGGAGAGAAUACGGGAGGAGCGAAAGAACGCCGAGAAGAAAAGAGAGGAAAUGGUGAAGAAGGCCAAACAGCUGCAGACUAAAACACAGCACCGCAGGAAUCAAGCGCGAGACAUAUGGAAGAAACGUUACUUCGAGGAGAAGAAGAAGACUGGUCCGUUGGAAGAGAACUGUAACCGUCUGAGGGCAGAGCUGGACAUGACCCACAGGAAACUCAUGUCCAAGUUAGAGGGAGACAAGGACGGGAAACGUCGCUUCAACCUGAACACGGAUCCACCCUCCUCUAAGGUACCUCCAUCCUACAAGAACAACCAGAAGGUACAACUGACUAGAAUUCAGCACGAGUUGGAUGACUUAAAGGAGAAGGUGGAGAAUGCAAAGAUGAAGCUUACGUCGGAAAUGAAGCUGCGGAAUCAAGCGGAGACGGAACUGCGAGCUCUCCGUGCCGAGCUGACGCAGAAAAAGAUCCACGCGGCCCUGACGCGCAACCAACACAGCAACAUCAUGCACACCAUGGACAAGGUGCAACCUGGGUAUAUGCCGGCCAAGGUUCUGCCGCCAACAUGACAUAAAUACACAACAUUGACACCAGACCACCCAUAGGACACCACAUCAAUGUUUUCUGCAAUCUAUGGCUUUCUAUUUGAUCAUCAGCCAUUUCUGUUCAGCACGUCGGCAGAACGUACUGCACUUGCGCAAAACCCGUAAUGUAUUGCGCAUAGCACUUUGGCAGAACGUCUCAUAUAAGGUCGUAUUUGCGCAUACAAGGUUAGCAUCCCGUCUGUAGAUUUCAAAUGUUAUGUCGGAAAAAAUUUUGUCUGUAACAGGCAAAAUUCUGAUGCAAACAUGCAACAAAAAACGUGAAAAAUGCAUAUAUGGGGGCGGGUGGGGUCCGCCGGCGCAGUACGUUCUGCCGACGUGCUUUUCUGUUCAGAGCUAAAUUCAUUAGCGCUAUGAGACUUUUUUUCUGAUCCAUAUUUAACUUUGUCCAAAUAUCUAAAGCCUUAAGCAUGACAAAAGGAAACAAUUGCCACUCAGAGCAAAAACAUGUCGGAGUUUUAAUAAAACCACAACCAAAACAGAUAACAGCCAGCCAUAAUUCUUGAAGUAUUCUCUUCUAAAUGUCUUUGCCACAAAGUUUGUUUCUCUUUCCAUUUUCUUUCAAUAGCAAUUACUUUGAAUGUGGAGUCAAUUUUGUGUACAAUGUAUAUCCUACAUAUGUUUGUGAAUUUGUAUUUAGAAACUAUUAGUAAAAUUUAUGCUCUAAUUGUUCAUGUAUAUUGAGUAGAAGGAAUAUGCAUUGGUACGUAGGUUUGUACAGUAUACUGUAUGCCAACAUUAUAAUUUUUCACUCGUUUUGACAAAAAUGUAUUGUUGCAAUUCUGAACAUUUAUUCCUGGCUUGUAUGUACCUGAAUAGAAUGUAGGAGCAAGCGUAUUUAUAUUCUGUUUUUAAGGUUUGCAAGCAGCAUAAACACAUUGUUACAAACAUGUUAUAUUCAAUGGCAUGUCCCACAUGUAUCAAUGAGGCCACCUAGUGCCUGGAGUGUAAACUACAGCUUAUACAUUUGGCAUUUUACAUAACUGUUGAAAGUCGUGUCUGUAAAGAGUUUGCAGCUUUAUGCAUGUAUCAUAAUUGCCAUGUUAUAUCAUACAUAAGUGUGAACAUUUUUGCAUCAAAAUUUGAGAUUUUGUGAAAAAAAUGUAUGUAAACAUUUGUAUUUUGUUGUACAUAAGAGUUGCAUUUGGGGAUAGAAUUCUUGAUAUGACUGACUCUUCUACAUCAUAUAUAUUAAAUGAAUAAACUAUGUUUGACUCUAAUUGUUGUGCCUGUGUUUUAUUUACUUUGGCCACA